AUGAAGGGAGCUCUGUUGACAGCAGCUGCGCUGCUCGGAGCCGCUGAGGCCGGCGUCCACAAGAUGAAGCUCCAGAAGAUCCCCCUCUCGGAGCAGCUUGAUUCCAUUCCCAUCGACCUGCAGAUGAAGGGCCUCGGCCAGAAGUACAUGGGAGGCAGACCUGAGAGCCACGCUCAGGCCAUGUUCAGUGAGAGCUCGGUGCACGCUGACAAGAACCACCCCGUUCCUAUCAGCAAUUUCAUGAACGCCCAGUACUUCUCCGAAAUCUCCAUCGGUACUCCUGCCCAGGAGUUCAAGGUCAUUCUCGACACUGGUAGCUCCAACCUGUGGGUUCCUAGUCAAUCUUGCGGCAGCAUUGCUUGCUACCUGCACUCCAAGUACGAUUCGUCGGCCUCGUCCUCGUACAAGAAGAACGGCUCCGACUUCGAGAUCCGCUAUGGUUCCGGUAGCAUGAAGGGUUUCGUCUCCCAGGACACCCUCAACAUUGGUGACCUCAAGAUCAAGAACCAGGACUUUGCCGAGGCUACCAGCGAGCCCGGCUUGGCCUUUGCUUUCGGUCGAUUUGAUGGAAUUCUCGGUAUGGGUUUCGACAGACUCUCCGUCAACGGCAUCGUCCCUCCCUUCUACCAGAUGGUCAACCAGGGUCUCAUUGAUGAGCCCGUCUUUGCCUUCUACCUCUCUAGUGAGAACGGUGAUGAGUCGUCCGAGGUUAUCUUUGGUGGAGUGGACAAGGAUCACUACACUGGAAAGAUUACCGAGAUUCCCCUGCGCCGUAAGGCUUACUGGGAGGUUGACCUGGACUCCAUCUCUUUUGGUGACGAGACUGCCGAGCUCGAGAACACUGGUGUCAUUCUGGACACUGGUACAUCUCUGAUUGCCCUGCCCACCGACCUUGCUGAGCUCCUCAACAAGGAGAUUGGCGCCAAGAAGGGUUUCAACGGCCAAUACACCGUUGACUGCUCUGUCCGUGACGGCCUUCCCGACAUUAGCUUCAAGCUGAGCGGUUACGACUUUGCCAUUAGCGCUUACGACUACAUCCUCGAGGUCCAGGGAAGCUGUAUCUCUACCUUCAUGGGCAUGGACUUCCCUGCUCCCGUUGGUCCUUUGGCCAUUCUGGGCGAUGCUUUCCUGCGCAAGUGGUACUCCAUCUACGACUUGGGCAAGGGCACCGUCGGUCUCGCCAAGGCUAAAUAA